CCCUACAGUACAAUUUAAAAAGAACGCGUUGCCAGCUCAGCAUGAAGAAGUUUUUCAGAAGAAAAACAGAAGAGCAACGAUGGUGCUGAUGCAGUUACUAUGGACAGUGCCAAUCUGUCUGGCUCUGACUGUUGCCGUGCCCACACAAGAGAAGCGUGUGCAUCGCCACGGUGACCUGAGUGACCACGCACAUGAUGACAAACAGGGCUACCAGUAUGACCAUGAGGCUUUUCUUGGGAAAGAGGACGCAAAGACCUUUGAUCAGCUGAGUCCUGAGGAGAGCAAAGAGAGGCUGGGGAAAAUAGUGCAUCGCAUCGACACAAAUGGUGAUGGUUACAUCAACCAUGGAGAGCUACACUAUUGGAUCAAACACAGACAGAGGAGAUACAUCGAGGAGAAUGUGAACAAGCACUGGAAUGAGUAUGACCUCAACAAGGAUGGACUGGUCGCCUGGGAAGAGUACAAGAACACAACCUAUGGCUAUUACUUGAAUGAAGAGUUUGAUGACGUUGAUGACAAGGCCAGCUACAAGGCCAUGUUGGCCAGGGAUGAAAAGAGAUUUAAAGGUGCCGAUGUCAAUGGUGAUGGCAUAGCAACCAAGGAGGAGUUUACAGCCUUCUUGCAUCCAGAAGAGUUUGAUCACAUGAAGAAAGUUGUGGUGGCGGAGACAAUAGAGGACAUUGACAAGAAUGGCGAUGGGCUGAUUGACGUGCAAGAAUAUAUAGGUGACAUGUACGCUCCAGAGAAUGGGGAGAGUGAACCAGACUGGGUUCAAACUGAGAAAAAGCAUUUUGUAGAGUUCAGAGAUGUAAACAAGGAUGGGUCCCUAGAUGCUGCUGAGGUGAGUCAGUGGAUCCUCCCAGGAGAGAUUGACCAUGCGGACAAUGAAGCGAAACAUCUCAUUCACGAGACAGACACAGACAAGGAUGAAAGACUUACCAAGAAGGAGAUUUUGGAAAACUGGAACAUGUUUGUUGGAAGCCAAGCAACCAAUUAUGGAGAGGACCUCACUAAGAAACAUGAUGAGCUCUGAUGUCACCUGAGGGCUUGGGCAGGGAAUUGGUUUAUAAUUUUUGGAGGGCUGGAAGGGUAGGGUGCAAAGUUUAUGAGUUUCCUGCUGAAAACGAGUAUUAGAGUGAUUGUAAAUUAUGGUAAACAUUAAGCUGAGAUUUUAUAAAUAAUUGUUACUGUUACAUAAUACCAUAACUUGAGACAUUUUUGCAUGGCUGUGAUAAUGAUUGUAGGAAAGCAUCUAAAUUGACUUCAGUUCCUACAAUAUUAUGAGAAUUAUAUAAGAAAGCAGAAGAUACUUGCAAUGAACCUCACUACUUUGUAAAAUAAUUCUUCAUUCAUUCUUAAAGGUACAAUAGGUAGGAUUUUUGUGUUGAAACAUUGUCGCAAGACCAUUGUAAAUCCCUUCCUAUCGUUGAAAAAGGCUCACUGACAUGUUGACUCACCCUCUGCCUGUGUUUAUAGUCCUUAAAUUCAGGUUUUAAAGUGUACAUUUGUCGGGCCGUCAAAUGUAUCAAAACAUUGUACAGCUGUACAACAAUUAAAGCUCAUUGGUUGAAACAUGGUUCUAACUCCCACAGCCAAGCGAAGAGUACAUAUCUAGUUAUAAAAAAAUGCUGGGGGUUUUUUUCGGUAGCAACAAGCAAAUUAGCUAUAGUUAGCUUGAAGAAUUUACAAAUAUCCACUUACGACAAAAUAUAGGCAAUAGGAACAUAGUAGCGAUUGCACAAGUGUGCUUCAGGUGGAUAUUUGUACAUUCAGGAAGCUAACUAGUAAUAGCUCAUUUACUUGUUAUAGUGAACUGGUAUUGUUUACUAACUAGAUAAGCAAUAGUAUACAGACUUUCAGUGAUCGCUUGGCUGGAGUGCAAUUUGGGCAGCUACACAUUCCUUUUGUCUCUUUACGUGUUCAAUCAUCCGUCAACCUUUAUUUCUCUCAAACUGUAAGUUGCAGUUGCAUCGUUUGUGGUAGGUUAUCAUAUCUUAGUUAUAUAGCCAGCAAGUUACGCAGCCAAAUAACUUGCUUGCUCACAAUAUAUUUGGUUAGCUAAAGUGAACACAAUAAAUAGUGUUGUGUAGCACACCAAAGUCAAGAUCUCAUAAAGUCACCUGCUCAGCGAACAUUUUUUUACUAGAACACUACGAAAAGACGGCAGGCUCUGUUGCGUUUGUCACUGUCAGUGCAAAACAGUGCACGAGAACACUGAACUGUAUAAUAACGAUUUAUAUUUCGCAUUAUAUUCAUGGACUGUGGGAAGCAUAAACAUUGUUGUGCUUUCAGGUUGUCUGUGAUUGCAAUUCCUCUCUUGACCGUUAGGAGACCAAAAUUAACUAUUGUACCUUUAACUAAACUUUGCUUCACACUACAAUGUACGUAGACUGUCAAUAUUCCAUAUAUUUUCAACGAGGCAUAUUAUAAUUCUGUCUGAAUUUUAUAUCUUAUUGUAUAAUUUCAUGUGAUGUAUUUUUCUUUUGGAAUACCACAUUUUUUUCUUACAUGAUGCACUUGCCCCAAAACAGUAUUCUGUAAAUAUAAAUUUCUGCCAUAUUAAUACUUUCGUUAUAUGCCGUUGUUUACCAUAAUUUACCAAGCAUUCCACAGUACCACUUCAGCUAUGAUGAGAACUGGGUUUAGGGUGGUAUUUAUACUGUCAUGAACACAGUUUUCGACAGGGGUAUUUUAAAACCAGCCAUACCUUCAGAAUUAUUGAAGAUAGAUAGAAAUUUUCAAGGAUUUGUUGGUGGGAGAGAUUGUAGAUAAGACCUUUUAUAAAUAAGACAAAGUGAAAAAGUUUACAUUUUCUAUAUUAGAGAGACAGAGGAAAGAGAAGAAUGUUAUUUCUUUUUAAAUCUACAUUCUCUACAUGGAAAGGAAUUACAAUGAAUAAGAAACCAGUAGGUCAAAGGGUAAAUUCCACUAUUUAAAUCAAAAUACCAAAGGAUCAUUGCUUUUUUGGAAUGACAAUGGCUGACGUAAUUUCAUCAUUCACAUUCUAAUAAAGACAUUGUAUUUUCUCGUUA